AGCGAUUUCCACACGAUAAAGAUGGCUUCCAUGUUACUGAGAGUAGCCGGUGAAGGAACAUUCCUUAGAUCUCUGGUUCCAUGCGUGAAUUUAAUCCCGGUGCGUUUUAGGGUGCGAAGAAAAAUGCCAUCAAAGAUAAGAAACAACCCUUUUGUUCAAAGACGCACGGAUUUCAUUAAAAAACUUGUGUUAGCUCUGGUACAACACGAACGGAUUCAAACUACAGAUUGGAAGGCUCAGCAGUUGAAGAAAUAUGCCGAACUGGUAAGGGUAAAUGUAGUGCGUUUAAUUAGGUGCGAUUUUAACCAUUUCUUAGGAUUGGUUAAGUUUGACUUUUCGAGGUUACCGCAUUUCCCACCCCACUCUACUCCCCCACCUCAGUUUCCAUUUAAUACCAGUCUCCCACAGCAGCACUUUGUACAGGACCAACAUUUAAAUUCUCCUCACAGUAAUACUGCUGAAUCACUUAUUAGGAUAGCAAGAAUAAAGGGAAUGAUCACCAACCUAAGAGGCUUUGAUUGAUAACAAAAUUCUCCCUAUCAGUACCAGAGAAAAUGUAUGGAGGAGAGUGUGGAUGUUGAUGUCAGGAUGUGAGGGGGUGAAAGCCUUAAAGAAAAGCUUAUCAAACUAUUCUGUCACUAUAGGACUUGAGUGUGGUUCCACAUUAAGUAAAAUAGAAUUAAUUUUUUAUGUUCUUUCUUUUAGAUCUUUAUGAUGUGAUAAAAUACCUUCCAACAUUAGGAUACUGGUGCUAAAUCAAUAGUUUUAUUAUUACUUAUUAUUUAUUAUUAUUGAGUUGUUUUUUUUUUUGGUUGUUUUGUUCUUAGCUUGUCAUGUUGUCACUGAGACGUCGUCCACCACCUGAUCUGGACAUGAUUGAGGAUGGGUUUGUUCUUACUGAGGAAGAAUCUGAGCAAAGAAGGCUUACAAGGCGCAUUAUCAAUAGAAGAAGCAAAAAAGUGAUUUUACCUGUACCAGAGCUAAGUGAAGAAGAGUAUGUUCAAAGAUGUAAAGAAGAGGCUUCAAAUAUGUUGCUUGGGGUGAGAAAGAAAGUAUUCAAUCUGUUUGUUUAUUUUGUAAAGCAGUACAGAUAUUUCAGUGCUAAAAUCCUGGAGUUUUGUUUCUUCUUCCUUCUUCUGAUGUCCAACUGUUUUAGUCCAAAAGUGACCAACAAAAGAAUUAUUUAUUCUUGUGACUUGUCUGCUUGAUAUUGUAUCAAUUUUGUAGGAGAGACUCUUGUCUUGGCAUUCAUGAGAAUAAAAGGGUUAACAGGUUUAAGCUUGAAAUGAAGAUUUAAUGGCUAAGCAGAUAGUGCACUGGACUCUGGUUCUUGCACUCAAAAUUUGAGGAUUGGCUGUGUCAAUGUGUUGUGUUUCCAGGAAAGACUAUGAUUUCACUGAUAGAUGGCUCAUAGUUGUUUCUAUCCCAGUGUGAAGCUUUGCAUUCUUUAACCCUUUCACUCCUAAGAUCUCAUUAGUAAUUCUCCUUACUGUCUACCUUGCAAUUUUUAUGAUGUAAGCUAUGAGAAUUUGGUAUUGGAUCAACUAAUAAUCCCUUGAUUGAUAUUUUUCUUUAUUCUCACUACUUGUCUGCUUGAUAUUGUAUUGUUAUUGUAAGGAGAAAUUCUGCUUUGGUCACUCAUGGGAGCAAAAGGCUCUUAGUACUCAGAUGCUCCAGUUAGUGGUCUCUUAACUUGUUCUUAUCAUGAUUGUAUUUCUUUUUAACAGAACGAAGAGGCACUAGAAAAACUUUACACAACACUUAAGGAACGAUAUCAAGAAAGAUAUGGCAAUUUUGUGACAAUUCAAACAAUUCCCAACCCUCCCCACUCCCCUUACCCAAACAUGGCAUAUGUUGAGUUAGUGGGGAACUCCCUACCCCCACUCCCCAGGUUGCCUGUGGUCAAGGGAGGGAAUUGGGUUGUUUACAACAGAGAUGAUUAUGAAGAUGAUAACAAGACUGUGGUGAAGAAUUUCUUCAAGUGGAUGGAACGAAGGAAAGUAAUAAAAGAAAAUGUAAAAUCAAGGAAAAGACAAUAAACAGGUGUAAAUAUAAUAAAAACAUAAAUAUUUUGACAUAUCAUUGUAUGUGAGUGGCUUUAAAACAUCCAAAAUAAAACACAUCUGGAUGGAAGUAGAUCAUGUGCCCUUGAUUGUGAAAAAGCUGAUAAUAGAGUGUUACCCUCAACAUUGGUAAUGUGGCACGAUAAAAUGAUCGUCAGUUGACACUUUGAUAAUUUUCUUUGAGUUUCCUUGUUGCAAUUCAUGUAAUUCUGCUGAAGUUAGCCAGCUGUAAUGAAAAAGCAGUAUGUUACAGUAUUGGUCAUUGAUAAAAAGAUGUCAAAAAUAUUUCUACUGUGGGUCUGAAUUAUUUUCUAGUUAUCACAAAUAAAGUGUUCAGACUUGCCUUGUGCAUAGCAGGGA